AUGACGAACGAAGAAGAACCCGCUUUGUUGUCCUCUUCGGACGGCGGUGAUGAUGAUGCGAGGAGGAGGAGGAAUAAUGAUACUGCUACUACUGUGAAACCAAUCGAUGGAAAGUAUAUAAAAUACACUCCACCUUUACCUGCUGUGAAAGAACAACUCCAACUGGCAUUUUCGGUCUCCGAUUUUGUCACCGUGAGACACUUAGGGGAUGGGAGUUUCAGCGAAGUUCGAAUGGUGAAGUUUGAUACGAUUCGCUUGAACGAGAACAAGAGAACGAAGAUAAAAGAGGAAUUUCUGAAACGACCGAUCGCUUUGAAAGUUAUGGAUAAAAAGUUCAUCGCGAAAGAGGAGAAGAUGGCGUGCGUGACGAAAGAGAGAGACGUGAUGAACAGAGCGGAGUUUCCGGGAGUGUGUAAACUCUAUUUUACGUUUCACGAUUAUUAUUCGUUAUAUUUAGCCAUGGAGUGUUCACCGGAAGGCGAUUUAGCGAUGCUGAUGAAACGAACGCAAAAUUUUGGCAUUGGACGGUUGAGUGUAGAACAGGUGACGUUUUACAUUAAGGAAGUGACGGAGGCGUUGCGGUAUUGCCACGAAACUUUGCGCGUGGCGCAUCGAGACGUGAAACCGGAAAAUAUAAUAUUAGGGUCGGAUGGACACGUGAAAUUGUGCGAUUUCGGCUCGUGUUUAGAUUUGAACGUGGAAUAUAAGGAAGAGUUUAUCAAGAGAAGAGUUAUGAAUGAAGAAACGGGAGAGAUUGAAGAGAAGAUGGUGAAAAAGAAGGAGAGAGGGUACUCGUUUGUGGGAUCGGCGGAAUAUUGCGCACCAGAGAUUUUACAGGCGAAAGCGAAAGCGACGUACGCGUGCGACGUGUGGUCGUUAGGUUUGACCGCGUAUAAGUUAGUUAGUGGAAAGAAUCCGUUUCGCAGGGAGACGGAGUAUUUGACCAUGCAGGCGAUUGAGAAAGAACCGGAGGUUUUGACGUACGAGAUUGUCGACGACGUGGACGACGCCGGAGGAGAAGGAAAUAGAACAAGGUUCGAUAUAAAACUCGAGGAUUUUUGUAGACAGUGCAUCACGUAUGAUUGGAACGAACGCCCGACGUGCGAGAGAUUGUUGAACGAGUGCGUUUUGUUUAGAGGGUUACCAGAUGGCGAAGCACUUUGGAAAGCAGAUGCGCCGGAGUUUGUAGCGUUAGCGAAGGAAGAGGAGGAGGAAGAAGAAGAAGAAGAAGGUGAAGGCUAA